AAGAAAUCGAAAUUCGCCUCGCUAGCGCGACGACGCACGGCGCGUCGAUUUUCUCCACAUUGUAGUGUUUUCAAUUAGUUUGAUGUAAUAGAUGCAAAUGAUUGAUGCAUAAGGUGGUGGAUCGUUCAUUCCCCGUUCGACACUACGAUGGAGCAUAAGAGAGGCACACAGACAUGGUAUUCGAUGUCCGACUCAGAAGGAAUGAUAGUCCUAUUUCCUAUCCUUAGUAUUUACUCAAUUUGAAAAAUUGGAAAUCUAAAGAUUCAUUCAGAAAGGUGGAAAUCUAUCACAUGCAUUCAGGAUGCACUCACCGCGUUUGCUACUAGCUUGCUAGCGUUGAAUUCUCAAUUUUGGACAGAUAUAGCGGGAAGCUUCAGAAGUUUCGCUGAAGGGAAGCUUGAGGAUGGCAGCUGGGGCUGAUACGAUAAAAGAGAUAUUACGAGACGAUCGAGCCUGUCGCAACCGAGUCACUCCAGUUGUGGCGUGGCUGUAUCCGCAUCGCGCGUUCUGCUCCUGACAAUUGCCGUAUCUUUUUGCCGGACCUUCUGAUACAUGGUAUGUGAUGCAGUGAUUGUGUGUCUUUAGUGCAGCGGAGAAGAGUUGAAGCUGCAGUGCCACAGUACAGGGUUCUUGUAAAGAGACCACGCCCUACAUUACAAAAGAGAUCAAGAUACGCAAAUCAUAUGCAGGAUCAGCAAUGGUGAAGAUGAUCACGCACUGUGCUGACUCUCCUCCGAGGAUGAGGAUGACGACACCACGCAUGAAGACAUCUGAGAGUGGAACUAGUAGCAGGCAACGUCGGCAUCGCUACUCUGAUCCCAAUAAGCGGUUGCUUCUUGGAAGGGGUGCUGCAACAAGAACCUGGCGCUUUUGGAGCCGACCUCUGGGUAGAAACAUAGGGGGUGCUGCACUAAAUGCGUUUCGUCGUCCCAUACUUCUUGGUAUAAUUGGAGCAGCUAUGAAUGUGAUGGCGGUACUUCGGCUCCAUCCUGACGGACAAGACCACGAGUUCUAUACAGCUGCACAAAUCUGCGAAAAAUCGUCGAAAUUCGAAGAAAGAACAGUCGAUGGCCCUUCAUUAACAGCGUCGGAACAAGCACUAUUAAGCAUACCGCAAUCAAUGCAUCUUGAUCUUUUUCAGCUUGUCAUCCUCAUCUCAGUAAAGUUUGAGAUACCUCAGUGUUGCGAGUGUAAUAAUUGAUUUGUGCGAAGCUGCCGUUGUAAAAGACAGGAUGAAAGAUCCUAAGAAGGUAACUUGCCAAGUAAUUGCAAGAAUGUACAAGGCUCUUGUAGGAUCGAUGAUGACAGGAGAGAUGCGACUGUGGUAGCUCUAAGAAUUGCACUUGCAUCUCCUUACUCCACGGGUGGUUUACAACGCGAUACACAAGCGACAGGUCUGAGCAAUAGUCGUCAGCACGCCGCAGCUUCUCCACUUGCAAAUCCAACACGUGCAGCUGGCGGCAGUGGAGCAACAUCGGCAGAGCUGAAACUUGCUACUGUCGAACGGGAAUUGGAAAUCCUCCGACCACUCUUUGAGAAGCGAUCGCGGAAAAACACGACACAUACUUUUCAGGUCUUUGAUUAAGGCUGCAGUAAAUUUUUUGCAUUCGAAUGCAAUGCAAAUGAGUGUCAAUGAUCUCGCUCGUCGGGCAUUUUUUUACUCAUGAAACAGUCACCAGGAACAUGUGAGUGAGGAUUCUCGCAUAACGAUGCAACUGCGGUGGCUCUAACUUGCAGAGCUGUGGGCGGGUCCGAAAACAGAAUGCUGGGAGGACCCUCGCUUCAAUUUCAAACGGUGUUGCAACGCAAUGCACUUCAGUGUCACAAUGAAUACGUGCUGGGAUGGCAACAAAUUCACACAAGAUUCCUGCUGCGGCUCGUUUCUCUAUUACCCCUCGUCCUGCCUCGAUUUCGUCCGGCACUUUGGUAUGACCAUUGAGCUAUUUCAUAAGUACUCAACCAUCGCUAUCGUACUCAUGAAAACGCAAGUACUGAUAUGAUAAUUAAAGUGAAGUUAUGGGAAAAAGUCUUUCACUUCUUCCUACAAAUUGCGGACUCUCAACGCCUUCCUCUUUCGACAACAAAACAACAUCGACAUAACUAUGUGCUUACAUACCCCGCUGACGUUCUGUUCAUUCAUGUCGUAGUUCGCGAUGAUUCAGUCGAUGUCAAGCGAUUUGGUGACGGAAACGUUGGGAAACUGUCUUGAAUUUUUGCGGGGUGAAGAUUUGCGUGGCUAUGUGAAACCAGGAUUUGAUAUGACAGGAAAAUGCCUACUCAUUCAAGAAACUAGGUAGGAUUCCAGUGAGAAAAUGCUGAACCCAUAUGGGGAUGUUACCUCAGCAAGGUGGAAAGGUGCCUAGACCAUUGUGGACAAUGAGUAUGUGCUUUCCUGUCAUUUUUGAGCCUUUCGACGUGGCAGGAUGGCACUACCCUACCAUCACCAUCCAGCAUGCAGGACUGAAAAAGUUCAGGUGUGAUUAUAUAUAUGUUUCCUAAGGGUUCGCUUUCGCUUUUUGACCAAGUAUUGGUCGGCAUCAAAGUCUACAAGCCUGCUCUUACGUAUCAGGACAUUGAUUCAUGUUAUGAAUUUAGCAUCAUAGAAAAGCUCGGAGACAACCUAGACAUACGCAAGCCACCUACGAACAGUUUUCCCGCUCUUGACGCUUAUGUGGGCAAUUCUUUUUUAGUGGACGGCCACUGGAUGCCAGUCGAAGUCGAAUUAUUACGCGCAUUUUUACCAGAAGGGAGUGUAGUCGUGGACGCCGGCGCAAAUAUCGGAGGCUUCACACUACCACUUGCAAAAAGAGUAUUUACUGAAACGUUAACAUUUUUUUGAGUGGUUCCUUCCCCAAUGAGCCAACGCCAGUAAGUUGAGAUUAUGCACAUCAAAUCGACAUUCUUAAUUAAGAAAAGUUUUUCAACAUCGAGUUUUUUCAUCCUCGGACUGUUUGCUAACGAUAGUCAGCAUGAGAUAUCGAUCAUAUAAUUUUUGCAAUGUUUUUGUUUUAUUGAUUUUUGAUGUCAAUCAAAGAUAUUGAAAACGUAACAGGUGGGUCGUGCGGGGAUGGUCUACGCGUUUGAACCGUUUCGAGUUAUCUUUUAAGAAAAGACAAGUUGUGAUUGUGUAGAUGGAAUCGUCGAGGACAUUGAUUCCUAAGCCAAGGGCAUUCUUUCAUAGAUAGCACGUUUCCACUGGAAUGAAGAUCUUAGAUUCCAUGAUGUGCAUGAUUGGGAAAAGCGCGAAUAAAAACCUACCUCUAAAUCUUCCAGCAUCUCACAGCAAACGUCGCGCUAAACGGCCUAUUGAACGUCAUCACGUUUCAACAUGGUUUGGGAGCGAAACGAGAAAGCGUUUCUUUUUAUGACACUCAAAACUCGACUCCAUGCGCAGUGUACAUUUAUCACGAUUAAGUACUUCUUACACUUCCGUGUCGUCCUUGAGUUUCCUCAUUAUGUACAUCUGGAAAGGUUGUAUUCCACCCAUUGUACUCUCACUUUCACUUAAUGCCAAACAACUUUAUAUAUAGUUUCUGCAACACCUUUUUCCCUAUGUUUUAUAUAGAUUAGUCAAACACGACAUUUCUCUACCUUGUGACGUAGCUUCUCCUACACUGACUUCCAGGAAUCGUCUAAUCUUUGCCCAUGCCGAACAUGAACAAACUGUCGAAUCCUGCCAAGUUAAGGCAAUUGAGUAAUAAAACCGAUAGCACAUCAUCCUCACCUCCAUCCUCGGCUCUUUCCCUUGGAGAAUGGUUGGAGCAACUCAUUUUUCAAUAGCAAGUCAAAGAAAGGAUGUAAAAGUGAAAUGCUUCAACGCUCAACUUUCUCUUUGAAGACGGUACAGUGUCCACACCGAUGUGCAUACAGAGGUGAGUUCGGUAACUCAUCUAACGAGGAGCAGCGUAGCAGAAACGGACAACUUGUUAAGGGUUCCCACAUUGCAUUCCCCACCGUCGUCCUUGCGUGCUUUGUCAAUGGCAAAGGAGGCAAGGAUGAUCUGCAGCAUGCGGUGGCGCAGCCUCAAAACUUAAUGAUGAUUGAGACAGAAAAAGACUACGAGGAAGAGGUCGAGAUCAAACCUCUUUUAUGGCGAAAGUUAAUGUUGUAUCUGUUAUCUAGGGAAAUAAAAACUUCUCUUCACGCUUGAUGUUUUUAUAACUUCUACAAAAUAGAGCGACAUUUGCUACUACAACCACGUUCAACAUCAAUCCAAUACUAUAGGGCUAAAACUAAAUAAAGUAAUUCCUCUUUCGAUUUUCCCUCGACCGAGAAUUCGAUGGCUUUUCUCAUUGCUCGCCUGAUUUCGAAACGCACAAAAUCUAAUUCUUGACGACUAUUUUCGGAAGUUUCUCAAAAAAGUUUUUUUGAUCAAGAUCGACGUGGAGAAAAUGGAAGUGCCCAUGCUGGAAGGUGCGAGAGGAAUUUUACAAUACCAUCGACCACUGUUAAGGCUUAAUUUUGAUAUGUCUAGAACUCGUCAGGAAUAUCUGACGCAAGCUCCCGAAUAGAUUUGAGACGUCCUGUCUAGUUUCCUCCGAAGAAAAUCUUUUUGACUUAUGGAAGAUGGUGCAUCGAACCGGGUACACCACUUCAAGAAAAAGCACAAAAGGGUCUACUUCUAAGAAGACCGCUUCCAAGCCAUUCUUCUAAAGGAAGAAGGUCAAUAGAAAAUGAACAUGAAGCGGAGAUCGUAAUAAAUCAAUGGACGAAGUGAAGAUCUUCUCUAGUUGCAUAGUACUCAAGAACGAAAAUAUUAGUCGGUUCAUGCUCCCUCGCCUUACCCUUACUCCCCCCUUCAUCCAGUCAAGCAUUUCAAUGGAAAUCGUCUCUAAUACUAGUUUUUGUGGAAGACAGCGAAGAAUCGAGAGAAGGGCCGCCAUUGGAGAAUCUGGAUCAGCGUCCGCACUUGCAGGAGCUCAUAGCGAAAAUGCAAUCCCGCUUCCGACCAGAAACAGAUAGUAGCUCAAAUUAAGACUAAUUACCUUUAUUCUGCUUGCUGUCUCUGUCUUGAAGUACGUAGCUGCUUACUUGUUUUAGCUCAAAUUGUAAUAAGUUAGUUUCUUAAGACGCUCGGUCCAUCUCCAUGUUGAUACAUUAAAAGUCCCCUCCUGUGCGUGAUUAUUGGGUCAAACCAAAAGUGGCUACUCUGUUGUUCGUUUGUUUGAGUGGCCAGAUUUGUACUGGUAUCUUUCACCAAACGUUCUGAAGUCACUAAGCAAAGGUGACUCGGCUACUGUGGUAUUACGGCUACCUGUGUAUCGAUCUGUAUAUUAAGAGGGUUACUACAUUACUUUCUCCUGGUGCAUUUCUGCCAUUCUUGACUUGUUUUCCGAUAGACACAGGGAAAAGAAGACCAGGAUGGCCUGAAGAAGGUGAUGCUGGAACCUGUAAGAACAAGGAAGUGGGCGGACAGCUAACGAGCCUCUUCUGUGCGCCAGACGAAAAACUCGAAGCUAUGUGGGAAGGCGUUAAAGCCUUUUUUGACCGUACAGAAUACCGUGGAUCGAAACGCUAGAACCCGGGCGCAGGCGGUAGAAUGAACGCUAGAAGAAACGUUAAAACGCUAGAAGAAACGUUCAAACGCUAGUAGAAACGUUAGAACGCUAGUAGACACGUUAGAACGCUUGGACGCAGCUAAACUCAGAUAUCCUAGAUGCCACAAGAAAACUCUAAAGCCCUUGAAGAAGCAGGAAAAAAAACUGACGUAGUACAGUAGACGCUGACCCUGUUCCGCUCUAGGCAUUGCAUUAGGAGGCAUGAUGAAAACGCUCAAGAGAAUCAGGAUCAUCAAGAAGGUCCUGGGGAUGAAGAUGUACUCAUGCUCCGUAUCGAAGAGCAUUUACUUAUUCGCUUCUUCUAUCAAUCUUAGGGCCAACGGAUGUCAUGGGC